AUGAAACCAACAAACCAGCCCCCGAAGAAGCGGAAAGGCUUUAUCAGCCGUCUCUUCAAGCCGAAGGACAAGAGGCCAGAGCCGACACUCGAUAUAGAUCCUCCAUCAACUCACCCACGUCUUAUUGACUCACCGGAGGCAGCGGAGCUACCUAAUAGCGCUCAGAAUCCGGCCGGGAAAGCGAUUACUGCCUCGAUUCCUCCACAUUCAAAUGCCCUGGUGCAGGACAAACCGGCUGAUGACCUUCCGGCUCUCCCCACCCCAGAGCCAAAACCCAUUCCGAAGGAACAGCCAAAGUUGGGCAGUCUCUUAAAACCGCAGACAAACACCCUCCCAUCCAUAUCCGAGCUCUGGGAUGAAGCCUAUGAUGAGUUGGCCAAGGACAAGUCCACUUCCAAAAUGAUUACUGAGUACCAGAGUGUGCUCUCGGGUAAUUCUGGAGUUGGCAAAGUGUCGAGAGACAAGGGCGAGCGACGUGAGCAAAUGGCGAGGAUUGCAAAUGAAAAGAAGCAAGAGAUUGAAGAUGGAAAGUGGAAGAAGGAGUUUCUUGGCCGUGAAUUUGCAGUAAAAGAUCUCGUCAAGCCGGUGGUCAGCACCGUCGAAUGGGCAAAAGACUACGUCGGUACCGCAGUUGCAGCGUCUCCUCCAGCAUCUCUUGCAUGGGCUGGAGUGUGUUUGCUUCUCCCACUCAUACUGACUCCUUCUCACCAGGACGCAGCCCGAGUCCUGGGGUUGGAAAAGAUCGCAAGCAUCGUGCGCGAGUGUUCCAUUCGAGAAGCUGUUUAUCACAGCCGUUACGAGUCCACAAGUUCCACAACUAGCGAGAAGACUCAAGCCACCUCCACAUUGCCACACACUGAGUAUAGAAAGACCUUCAGAAACUUGUAUAUGCAAAUAAUUACCUUCCAAGCCACAUACAUUUGCUUUCUCUCGGGGAACACAGCCAAGCAAUGGGUACAAGACGCGACCAAGUGGCAGGAUUGGGAUCAAAUGGUUGCUGAUAUUAGUAAAAGGAAUGACGAGCUUAAGUCUAUUGAAGAACUCUGGCAGCAUUUCUCUUUGCAAGAAGAGUGGAUGGUACGAAGGAAACAGCACGAGGAAAACCUGGAGCAAUUGAAAGCGCUUGAAACAGAGAUGAAACGAUUCUACGACCUUGUUGCUACAGCACAAAAGGAUCAGGAGCGCAGAGAAAUUCUGGAUUGGUUACAUAAAGUAAAGCCGUCAUUUUACUACGAUGCUGCUAUUGAAAAGCGUGGAAUAUCCUCUACUCGCAGUUGGAUCCUUGAUGACGACGAUUUCAUGGACUGGAAGCGCGAGCCCAACUCAUUUCUAUGGGUUCAUGGUAAAGCCGGUGCAGGGAAAUCGAUUCUAAGCUCAACUGCUAUUGAAAACCUCGAGGAAAGUUACAAGGAGGACCCAUUUACCGCAGUAGCAUACUUCUACAUCAGCUUCAAGGACAAGGAAACUUGGACUAGAACCAACCUUACCAAAUCGUUGAUCGCACAGCUAUUUGGAUGUCGUCCAGAUAGACCGAAGUCUCUCCUCGAUCUCCGAAAAUAUCAAGACAAGGGCCGAGACCCACCACAGAGGGAGCUGCAAGAUGCACUGCGUUUAGCAUCGCGCGAUUUCACAAGGACAUAUUUUAUCAUCGAUGGAUUAGACGAGUGUCCAAACGCAGAAGACGACGAGGAAACUGGAGAAGAAGGCCUGACAAAGGAUCGACGUGGUAAACUACUUGAACUGCUGCAGAUAAUUCGAGGAUGGGACCUGGACAACCUCCACAUGUUAAUGACAAGCCGGCUUGAGUACGACAUCGAAGCAUCAAUCAAGGACCUCCAAAGCCCUAGAGCUAGAGUCAUUGAUCUAGGGACAGCAAGCUAUUCAUCUAAAGUCAGCGACGACAUCAGUCUUUUUAUUGACCACGAACUCAAGGGUGCGAAAUUUGACAAACUGCCAGACCAUCUUAAGAAAAAGAUUAGAGAAAAGCUUAUUGAAAAGGCAGACGGUGUAUUUCAUUAUGUCUCAUUGCAGCUCAGUUCUUUUCGACGUCCUAUCACCGUCAAGCUUGUGGAUGAUACCCUCGCUAGCCUUCCAAAGGGUUUGUAUGCGACCUACGACAGAGCCUUUUCCCAAUUGAGAGCGAAUCAACGCCAGCUAGCUAUCCGUAUAUUGACCUGGGUUGCUUUCUCGCCAAUACCUCUAACUAUCACUGAGCUUGCGGAGGCUGCUCUAAUUGAUCUAACUACAGAUGCUGAUGCGUCUUCAGAUGUAGAUCAUCAGGUUGAAGUCUAUAAAGCAGAUUAUACCACUCCUCUAAUCAAUGAGGAUGAGAAAUUCGCCGAUCCUCUCGAUGUCCUCUACUUACUUCCCGGGCUUCUUGAUAUUCAGACCAAGAGCGCUUCGAAAGAUUGGUCUCAUAAAGAGACACUCCAAGUCGUCGUCCUCACUCAUUUCACAUUGCUUCAGUAUUUGACUUCAAAGGAGAUCAAGACGCGACCAUCGUCAGGUUUUGCGUUGAACAGAACAACAGCACCUAUACAGCUUGCGGAAGCUUGCCUUCGAUAUCAUAUCUACUCCAGCCAGAGUGGAAGAGCCAAAGAUAGAGAUUCCCUUCCUUUAAAACUACCGCUGUGCACGUACGCUGCACGCUACGGUCUCCGACAGGCUGAAAACAUCGGGCAGGCGAACUGGCCUACUUCAUUGCGGCAAUUAGUACGGCUUGUUCUAUCUGGCGAAAGCAAAUCCUUCAAGCAGUUAAAACAGUUAACUCAAUAUCCUUCUCCACGAGCAGAGGAGCCCCCUCUACACUACGUGGUAGAAGAGCGCUUCAGUGAGAUAAUGACCUUCCUGUUGACCAACAAGCUCGCAGAUCCCAACGCCACUGGAGACUGUCUCGUCGGCACGGCCAUGAACCAUGCCUGCCUCAUCCAGUUCCUUGAAGGCAUGAAGAUCCUACUCGGUGCAGGUGCAGACGUCUGCCUUGGAAAUGAAGAAUUUCCAUGCGCGCUUGACAUAGCGAUCCGGUGCAACCGAGAUGGGGCCCUCGAUUUCCUUCUCCAGAUACCGGAUCUCUUGUCUCGCUGCCAGAAAAUCGAUUAUUGGCCUCUAGCGAUGGCCGUGAGGGGAGGUACGGACUCUGAGCGUGAUCAUGCAGUUAUUGAGAAACUGCUCAGUCAUGGAGCAGAUCCGAACGGGUUCAGAUCUGGCGGACUGCCAGCUAUACAUUUGGCUGUGGUGUGGAGACGCCUAGAUGCUCUGAAGCAACUCAUCACCCAUCAUGCCAAUGUUCAAAUCAGGGACCCGUACUUCGGAAAUGCGCUGCAAUGUGCUGUGGCGCUAGGAUGUGAGGAUGAGAUUCGUGUGCUUUUGUCAGCCGGAGCAAAACUAGAUUUCCCAAACCAAGAUUGGAAGAGCCUCCUGGACACGGUAGCAAAAGGCAGCUUUUUCGAGGGAAUGACAGGUCCAGAGGCAGCCUCGAGGCUAGAACUCGGGCAAACUUUGUUCGGGGCGGCGAGUCGCAGCAAGAAAUUUACGAGUGGAAAUAUAACUCUUUUCAUCGACUGGAUUGAAGGGCCGUUGAACAAUUAUGUCUCUGUACGGUCGGAUAUUCUUUUGGGAGGACAGAUCACCAAAGAUAUCCCAGACUGGUAUAUACAGACAUACGGUAUUACACGCUCUUCACCACCUUGCAGCGGACCAUUCAACUCAGCACCACCUCCGCUCUAA